AUGGCUGAGGUCGAACAAUCCGCCAAGGUCGAGGACCAACAAGCCCAAGUACAGAGCUAUUACGACCAGUUGCUCGAGAAUGCCUACGUUCAGACGGCUAUCAAUGCAUACACAAAGACCAAAGAGUUCCAUCCACUGAUCAACUCGACAUUCACCGCCGCCGAGGAGAAUGUGACGAAAGUCAGCAACUAUGCGACACAAAAAGCAUACGACGGAUAUAAUUCGUACUACGUGAAACCAAAGAACACCGCUUAUGAAGCUGUGUCCUAUGGAACUGAGAGAGCCAAGAGCGCUGUUGAAACCGGAAAGCAAGCCGCCAUUGUCACUGGAACGUUUGGAAUCGGAGCAGCAGUCGUUCUCACACAAUUCUCAUUGGCUUUGAGCGCCGGUGGUGCAGCUCUUGUUCUCGAUCAAGUUGACAACGCAAAGAAGCUCGGAACCAGCGCCAUCUCCAGUAUUAAGGAAGCAGAGCUUGCCGUUGAGCAUAGAAUCUACUCUGCUCUUCAUCAAGCGCAACGCAUCGCAAUGGUUCCAGUUGAAAAGGUGCAAGAGAACACCAACUCACUUCUUGAUAUCCUUGAUGGUGCCGUCCAAAAGGGACUCAAUAUUGAAGUGCCACCAUCUAUCAACCUGACCAUCACUCAAAGAGUCAAAAAUCUGGCUUCGCUGAUCGUUCAAGGCGUCAACAACAAGGCUCACGAUCACGUCAUCGAUCCGAUCAACGAGAGAACUCGCGCCUAUCUCGAGCAACUCAGUCAAUCAUUUGUCUUGCUGGAUGUCAUCCGUGAGAAGAAGACGUGGGUCGUCGAGAGAACCAACGAGCUCUCCCAAUCGGUAGUGGACUUCAAGAACAAGAUGGAAGAAGAGGCCAAUCAAUAUAAGGUGGCUCCAGAAGAGAUGCUGAUGAAACACAUUCAACAGAGUUCCGAACAGUUGGCUACACAGUUGAAGGCGUUGCGUGAGAAGGGACAAAAUGUUUUCGGAGACGGAACCCGAAUCGAAUCCACCGUUGACUACUUGGAGAAGCUGAAGACAAACCUGUCGGAAGCCGAAGACGUCUACAAGGUUCGCGAUGAGGUUCUGAACGAGGCCCGCCAACGAAUCGCCGAGUUGACCACCUGGACGACUAGCCUCUUGGUCCGUCAGCAAACCGAACAGUAA